AUGGAGUUUAUCGAUGCACCGAAGAUAGCGCAAGUCGAGGCUAUGGAGGAACUUGGCCCUGACCCGCCUAAGGUUGCACACUUACUGUGUGAAGUGUUCAGCGAAAUGGUAUUUUGUCAUGCCUUUGUGCAUUGUGAUUCGCAUGCGGGGAACAUCUUCGUACGCCGUAAUCCCGAUCCUCAAGUCAAGCGCAAAGAGCAGCUCGUCUUGCUGGACCAUGGAUUAUACCGCGAAUUCGAUCGGGAUUUCCGUAAAGCUUAUUGCGAUUUGUGGAGAGCAAUGCUAUUACGUGACAGUGUUCUCUUGGAUGACUGUGGCCGACGGUUAAACAUUGGAGAGGUUACGAAAUACUUGCCGCUGCUGUUUACGUCCCGGAUGAUCAAUAGCAAGGGACGUCCUGAUGCGGCAAUGAGCCAGUCGGAGCGCAAAAGACUUUCCGGGGAUCUCAAAACGAUGCAUGUAUCGAGCGUUACUGACUUUCUCGAACAACUUCCGAGAGAUAUGUUGUUCAUCUUACGAACGGACAACAUGAUUCGGGCUCUAAAUAAGGACUUGGGAGGAUCAACCAGGGAUCGUUUUUACGUCAUGGGCACUUUUGCUGUGAGUGGACAUUCCACUUUCUACUCAGGUACUGCUGAAGCAGGAAAGGGUGGAAUAUGGACAUCGGUGAGCUACUGGUGGGACCAUCUCAACCUGAUUGUCCGUUUUCACGUGGUUGACUACGUAUUGGCCGCCAUCCAGUACGUCAGGGGAGAGUCUACCGCUAAGAUUGAGCGUGUAGGUCAGUAG